CUUCCCGCUGCUCCGCAGGAGCCUCUCCCAGGGCAGAGCCCCCCUUCCCAGGCCCCAGCUCCCAGGGCGGGCACCGCUCGGAGGGAAGGCUGAGGAAUCACGUCCAGAAGUCGCUCCAGAUCAUCUCAUCUUCCAGGGGACAGGGAAGGGAAAUGGCUGCGAUGGAGCCACCUAAGAUGCCGGUGACCUUCGAGGAGGUGGCUGUGUAUUUCACCCAGGGGCAGGGGGCUCUGCUGGACCCCGCUCAGAGAGCCCUGUACAGGGACGUCAUGCAGGAGAACUACAAGAUGGUGAUCUGUCUGGCAGAGCACAGGGAAAUGUUCCACUCACAGAAUGUCCUUUGCGACAAAUACUGCACCAGUGCUCCAUGCACCCUGAUCUGGUCUGAUUCCACCCUCUGCACAGAAUUUUCCAUUCCCAAACCUGAGCUGAUCACCCUGCUGGAACGAGGGGAAGAGCCGUGGGUGCCCGAUCUCCAGGACUGCGAGGAAAGAAAGUUUCCACAGUAUACCCGCACAGCAGGUGCUGAGCAAGGGAGUGAAAACGAGGAGGAGAAUCAUCAUAUGGAAGUUCCUGGGGAAGUGGGACCACAGGGGACCUUUGUGGGAAGAGAUGAAGGGAAUUUUUCCCAUUGCUGGGAGAAGGGAGAAGCAUUGGGAAAUUGGCACAGGUCAAAGAGGCUUGUGGGAAAACACCCAAGGAAGAGAGUGGAUGAAUCUAUUAACAGUGGGGGAGGAGAUGAGGAUCCCAGAGUGCAGCAGGCAGAUCCCAAUGCAGAGACAUCAUGGCACUGCCUGCAGUGUGGGAAAGGAUUCAUUGUGAGAUCACAGCUUGUGACACAUCAGACAAUCCAUACUGGAGAGAAACUCCUUCAAUGUUUGUAUCCUGAGGAAAGCUUCAGUAACCGCUCAGAUCUUAAUAACCAUGAGAGAAGCCACACCAUUCAGUGCCUUGAGUGUGGGAAAUGUUUCAGUUCAAAAUCAGCACUAAAUUCACAUAAGAAAAGCCACAGAGGAGACAGAUCCCAUAAGUGCUUAGACUGUGGGAAAAGUUUCAAGCGGAAGUCAGACCUUGUUAAUCAUCAGGCAAUCCACACUGGAGAGAGACCCCAUAAGUGCUUGGACUGUGGGAAAACUUUCACAUGGAGGUCGGCACUUGUUAAUCAUCAGGCAAUCCACACAGGAGAGAAACCCCAUACAUGUUUGGACUGUGGGAAAAGUUUCACAUGGAGGUCAGCGCUUGUUAAUCAUCAGGCAAUCCACACGGGAGAGAGACCCCACAAGUGCUUGGAUUGUGGGAAAAGUUUCAGGCAAAGGUCGGCACUUGUUCAACAUAAGGCAACCCACACAGGAGAGAGACCCCACAAGUGCUUGGAUUGUGGGAAAACUUUCAUACAAAGGUCAAGUCUUGUUCAACAUCAGGCAACCCACACAGGAGAGAGACCCCACAAGUGUUUGGAUUGUGGGAAAAGUUUCAGACAGAGGUCAACCCUUGUGAAACAUAAAGCAACCCACACAGGAGAGAGACACAAGUGCUUGGACUGUGGGAAAAGUUUCAUAGAGAGGUCAACUCUUGAUAAACAUCAGGCAAUCCACAUAGGCGAGAAACCCCACAAGUGCUUUGACUGUGGGAAACGUUUCAAGCGGAAGAUAGAUCUUGUUAAUCAUGAGGCAAUCCAUGCAGGAGAGACACUGAGGAAUCACGUCCACAAGUCGCUCCAGAUUGUCCCAUCUUCCAGGGGACAGGGAAGGGAAAUGGCUGUGAUGGAGCCACCUAAGGAGAACUAUGAGAUGGUGACCUCGCUGAGAUUCCCCGUUCCCAAACCUGACCUGAUUGCCCGGCUGGAACGAGGGGAAGAGCCGUGGGUCCCGGAUCUCCAGGACUCCAAGGAAAGGGAGAGCCUGAGAGGCAGCCGCACAGUACAGGCAGUGACUCCUGUCUGGAUUCUCUGUCUCCCAGCAGGUGAUAGGACAGCGAGUGAGAACAAGGAGAAUCAGCAGCAGGAAGGUCCUGAGAAAGUGGAACUGCAGGAGACAUUUCUGAGAAGAGCUGAAGGGAAUUUUUCCCAGGGCUUGGAACAGGGGAAUUCCUGGAGAGAUCGACACAGAUCAGAGAUGCAGCUGGGAAACUAUCCCAGGAAGAAACUGGAUGAAUCCACUCAACGUGGCAGAGGAUGGAAGGAUGCCAAGGAAGCCACAGUCCAGCAGACAAGUCACAAUGAAGAGAAACCCUACAAAUGCCUUGACUGUGGGAAAAGAUUCAGUUUCAGUGCAACCCUUCAUACACACUGGAGAACCCAGACAGAAGAGAAGUCCUGUGAAUGCUUGGAUGGUGGAAAAAGUGUCAAUAAGAAGUCAUGUCUUCUUAUACACCAGGGAGAGCACACAGGAGAGAGACCCUAUAGAUGCCUCAAGUGUGGAAAACGUUUUGGAAAAAAUUCAUCCCUCAUCAAUCAUGGGCGAAUCCAUAUGGGAGAAAAACCCUAUAAAUGCCUUGAGUGUGGGAAAAGUUUCAUUCAGAGAUCAAAUCUUACUAAACAUCAGAAAACCCACAAGGGAGAGAAACCCCAUAAAUGCUUGAACUGUGGGAAAACUUUCAGUCAGCACUCAAGACUUAUUAAUCAUAGGAAAAUCCACACAGGAGAGAGAUCGUAUAAAUGCCUUGAGUGUGCGAAAAGUUUUGUACAUAAUUCAUCCCUUACUAUACAUGGGAGAAUCCACACUGGAGAAAGACCCUAUAAAUGCCUUGAGUGUGGGAAAAGUUUUGUACAAAAUUCAUCCCUUACUGUCCAUAGGAGAAUCCACACUGGAGAAAGACCCUAUAAAUGUCUUGAGUGUGGGAAAAGUUUUCUACUAAACUCAUCCCUUACUGUCCAUAGGAGAAUCCACACUGGAGAAAGACCCUAUAAAUGCCUUGAGUGUGGGAAAAGUUUUAUGGCAAGUUCAUCCCUUACUAAACACGGGAGAAUCCACACAGGAGAAAGACCUUUUAAAUGCCUUGAGUGUGGGAAAAGUUUCCACCACAAAACAACCUUUAAUACACAUCAGAAAACCCACACAGGAGAGAAACCCCAUAAAUGCUUGGACUGUGGGAAAACUUUCAGUCGGCGCUCUCACCUUUCUCGACAUAGUAGAAUCCACAUGAGGGAGAGACCUUAUAAAUGCCUUGAGUGUGGGAAAAGCUUCAGUAAGAGCUCAGAGCUCACCAAGCAUCAGAAAAUCCACAAGGGUGAGAGAGGCCCCGCUCGGCGGGAAGGGUCUGUGCAGGGGGACCUGCAUUCACCCCCCUCUGUGCCCAGCCCCGGGGGAGGGGAGGGGCAGGUUCCAGUGACUUCAACCAGCCCCUGGGGCAGCCCCAGGCUCUGCUCACACCAGCCCCUGAGCCGCAACCUACAGGCUGAGGAAUUACGUCCAGUUUUAACUCCAGAUCCUCCCGUGUGCAGGAGGCAGGGAAGGGAAAUGGCUGUGAUGGAGCCAGCUCAGAUGCCGGUGACCUUCGAGGAGGUGGCUGUGUAUUUCACCCAGGAGCAGGGGGCUCUGCUGGACCCCAUUCAGAGAGCCCUCUACAGGGAUGUCAUGCAUCAGAACUACGAGAUGGUGACCUCACUGGGAUUUCCCAUUCCCAAACCUGACCUGAUCGCACAGCUGGAACGAGGGGAAGAGCCUUGGGUACCCGAUCUCCAGGCCGGUGAGGAAAGAGAGGUCCUGAGAUGCACCUGCACAGCAGGUGCUGAGAGAGUCGGUGAGAAGGAGGAGGGGAAUCGUCAUGAGAAAGAUCCUGAGGAAGUGGAACCACAAUACACAUUUAUGGGAAGAGCUGAAGGGAAUUUUUCCCAGUGCUGGGAAGAGGGAAAAGCCUGGGGAAAUUGGCACAGGUUAGAGAGGCUGAUGGGAAACCACCUAGGGAAGGAAGUGGAUGAAUCUAACUGUGGGGGUGGAGACAAGGAUCCCACAGCCCAGUGGACAAAUUCCAAGGAAGAAAAACCCUACCACUGCCUGCAGUGUGGGAAAGGAUUCACUGUGAGACCACAGCUUGUUUUAAAUCAGACAAUCCAUGCGGGAGAGAUCCCCCUUCAAUGCUUGGUCCCUGGGAAAAUCUUCAGUAUCUGCUCAGACGUUAAUUACCAUGGGAAAAGCCACAUAGGAGAGAAAUCCUAUCGAUGCCUCGAGGGUGGGAACUGUUUGAAUUCAGCAUUAAUUACACAUCAGAUAAACCACACAAGAGAGAGACCGCAAAAGUGCUUGAGCUGUAGGAAAAGUUUAGGAAAAACAUCAACCCUUGUUAAACAUCAGGCAUUACACACAGGAGAGAGAACUCAUAAGUGCUUAGACUGUGGGAAAAGUUACAUAAGUAGGUCAGAUCUUCUUAGACAUCAGGCAAUCCACACAGGAGAGAGACCCCAUAAGUGCUUAGACUGUGGAAAGAGUUUCACACAGCGAUCAUAUCUUUUAACACAUCAGAGGAUCCACACAGGAGAGAGACCGCAUAAGUGCUUGGACUGUGGGAAAAACUUCAUAUGGAGGUCAGAGCUUGCUAAACAUCAGAGAAUCCACACAGGAGAGCGACCCCAUAAGUGCUCAGACUGUGGGAAAAGUUACACACGGCGUUCAGACCUUGUUAGGCAUCAGGCAAUCCACGUAGGAGAGAAACCCCAUAAGUGCUUAGACUGUGGAAAAAGCUUCAUACGGAGAUCAGAACUUGUUAAUCAUCAGGCAAUCCACACAGGAGACAGACCCCACAAGUGCUUGGACUGUGGGAAAAGUUACAUAUGUAGGUCAGAUCUUCUUAGACAUCAGGCAAUCCACACAGGAGAGAGACCCCAUAAUUGCUUAGACUGUGGAAAGAGUUUCACACAACGGUCAUAUCUUAUAACACAUCAGAGGAUCCACACAAGAGAGAGUCCCCAUAAGUGCUUGGACUGUGGGAAAUGUUUCAUACAGAGGCCAGACCUUAUUAAACAUCAGGCAAGCCACACAAGAGAGAGACCCCAUAGGUGUGUGGACUGUGGAAAAAGUUUCAUACGGAGAUCAGACCUUGUUAGACAUCAGGCUAUUCACAUAGGAGAGAGACCCCACAAGUGUGUAGUCUGUGGGAAAGGUUUCUUGCGUAGGUCACACCUUGUUAGACAUCAGAGAAUCCACACAGACAAGAGACCCGACGAGUGCUUAGACUGUGGGAAAUGUUUCAUACAGAGAUCAAACCUUGUUAGACAUCAGGCAAUCCACACAGGGGAGAGACCCCACAAGUGGUUGGACUGUGGGGAAAUUUCACGCAGAGAUCACACCUCAUGAACAGGAGAGAAUCCACACAGGAUCUAAACUUCUCGGACACAGAGACAGAAAGUAUUAAGGAAAUUGCAUAUAAUUGACCUAGAUUAAAUCUUUAGAGACGUUAGAAAAGUGUGUCCUCCUCAGAGAAGCUAGAGCUUCAAGAGGUAACGGUGUAUUGUUAAAGACAUGGAAGAAGAUGGUAACUGUAGUAGUCUCUGUUUAGCUGUAUCUUGUUAGAGGUUAACAAUGGAAAUAAACAGUUCCUGUCUAGGGUUCUAUUCUGUGAA